GAAGGAAGAAGGAAGGAAGAAGAAAGAAGGAAGAAGGAAGAAGGAAGAAGGAAGAAGGAAGAAGGAAGAAGGAAGAAGAAAGAAGGAAGAAGGAAGGAAGAAGAAAGAAGGAAGAAGGAAGAAGGAAGAAGGAAGAAGGAAGAAGAAAGAAGGAAGAAGGAAGAAGGAAGAAGGAAGAAGGAAAAAGAAGAAGGAAGAAGGAAGGAAGAAGAAAGAAGGAAGAAGGAAGAAGGAAGAAGGAAGAAGGAAGAAGGAAGAAGGAAGAAGGAAGAAGGAAGAAGGAAGAAAGAAGAAGGAAGAAGGAAGGAAGAAGAAAGAAGGAAGAAGGAAGAAGGAAGAAGGAAGAAGGAAGAAGAAAGAAGGAAGAAGGAAGAAGGAAGAAGGAAGAAGGAAGAAGGAAGAAGGAAGAAAGAAGAAGGAAGAAGGAAGAAGGAAGAAGGAAGAAGGAAGAAGGCAGAAGGAAGAAGGAAGAAGGAAGAAGGAAGAAGGGAGAAGGAAAAGAAGGAAGAAGGAAGAAGGAAGAAGGAAGAAGGAAGAAGGAAGAAGGAAGAAGGAAGAAGGAAGAAGGAAGAAGGAAGAAGGAAGAAGGAAGCAGGAAGAAGGAAGAAGGAAGAAGGAAGAAGGAAGAAGGAAGAAGGAAGAAGGAAGAAGGAAGAAGGAAGGAGGAAGAAGGAAGAAGGAAGAAGGAAGAAGGAAGAAGGAAGAAGGAAGAAGGAAGAAGGAAGAAGGAAGAAGAAAGAAGGAAGAAGAAAGGAGGAAGAAGGAAGAAGGAAGAAGGAAGAAGGAAGAAGGAAGAAGAAAGAAAGAAGAAGGAAGAAGGAAGAAGGAAGAAGGAAGAAGGAAGAAGGAAGAAGGAAGAAGGAAGAAGAAAGAAGGAAGAAGGAAGAAAGAAGAAGGAAGAAGGAAGAAGAAAGAAGGAAGAAGGAAGAAGGAAGAAGGAAGAAGGAAGAAGGAAGAAGGAAGAAGGAAGAAGGAAGAAGGAAGAAGGAAGAAGGAAGAAGGAAGAAGGAAGAAGGGAGAAGGAAGACGGAAGAAGAAAGAAGGAAGAAGAAAGGAGGAAGAAGGAAGAAGGAAGAAGGAAGAAGGAAGAAGGAAGAAGAAAGAAAGAAGAAGGAAGAAGGAAGAAGGAAGAAGGAAGAAGGAAGAAGGAAGAAGGAAGAAGAAAGAAGGAAGAAAGAAGAAGGAAGAAAGAAGAAGGAAGAAGGAAGAAGGAAGAAGGAAGAAGGAAGAAGGAAGAAAGAAGAAGGAAGAAGGAAGAAGGAAGAAGGAAGAAGGAAGAAGGAAGAAGGAAGAAGGAAGAAGGAAGAAGGAAGAAGGAAGAAGGAAUAAGGAAGAAGGAAGACGGAAGAAGCAAGAAGGGAGAAGGAAGACGGAAGAAGAAAGAAGGAAGAAGGAAGAAGGAAGAAAAAAGAAGGAAGAAGGAAGAAUGAAGAAGAAAGAAGGAAGAAGGAAGACGGAAGAAGCAAGAAGGGAGAAGGAAGAAGGAAGAAGAAAGAAGGAAGAAGGAAGGAGGAAGAAGGAAGACGGAAGAAGUAAGAAGGGAGAAGGAAGACGGAAGAAGAAAGAAGGAAGAAGGAAGAAGGAAGAAGGAAGAAGCAAGAAGGGAGAAGGAAGAAGGAAGAAGAAAGAAGGAAG